AAGAAAUCGCUGCCAGCUCCGGCAGGAGCUGCGACAGUAGAAGCAGCUCUGCGCACGCACCGGCCGCCGGGAACGCGUCUGCAGCUUUGGACGUCGUCAUUCUGGCCUCGCUGAUUUUGAGAAGUGCUUCAUCAUCAUGAAAAUGCCUUGAACUUAUCAAACCUGUGAUUAUACAUAGUGAAUGCUAGGUUAUGGGUUUUGGAUUGGAUGGGGAGUGGCGCCACUACCAAGCAGGAAAGCAGCGUUACCGUAUCUACUGCUAGCUCUUCGUCUCGGGAGGCGUAUCUGGUUGAGCGAGCGACAGACAGCUGGGGCCAAGAUGGUGAUGACCAAGAGCAGCAAGAUGCUCAACUACAUCAACUACCGUAUGAAGGUGACGCUGCAGGACUCGCGCGUGCUGAUCGGCUACUUCAUGGCUUUCGACAAGCAUAUGAACCUGGUGCUGGGCGACUGCGAAGAGUUCCGCACGCUCAAGGCCAAGGUCAAGUCUGCUGUUUCGGAGGAGCGUGUCGAGAAGCGCCACUUAGGUCUCGUGCUGCUGCGCGGAGAGAGCGUCGUGUCCCUCACCGUGGAGGGUCCGCCACUCGCUAAGGAGAACGAGACUGUCGGACCGAGCGGCCCUGGCGUAGCGCGUGCAGCCGGGCGCGGCAUCCCAGCGGCACCUAUGGGUGCUCCUCCCAUGGGACUGAUGGCACCUAUGCGCGGCAUUGGAGGCUCGGCCCCAGGGAUGAUGCAGCCAGGACAAGGUAUGUAUUUGAUAGCACUUUCGUGCAAUGAAAUGGCUGUGGCAGCGAUGCAGUGGCGUGUGGCUGGCUCCAAGUGAUCAAUCGAACAGAUAAGCGAUCGGGCGCACGGCUUUUCUCCGAACCCGGCUGAGCACCAAUUAGGAAACUACUGCCUACGAUCUUAUGGCGGCAAUGGCACAGCCACAGGCAUACGGACGAGGACGCGGUAUUCCAGGACCCCCCGGUGGUAUGAUGCCUCCUCCUCGACCGAUGCCAGGCAUGGGAAUGCCCCCUCCAGGAAUGGGCAUGCCUCCCGGAAUGGGUCCACCGCCAGGAAUGAUGCCUCCUCCGGGAAUGCGUGGGCCUCCGGGUCCACCGCCUGGUAUGCGCGGUCCGCCGGGCCAGUAGAUCAAGGCGCCGCAUUCGACUAUCGUUGAGCCAUCCUCACACAAAGAAGAAUGAAGAAGAACCAGUCGGAAACAAGUACUGUUCUCGUAGACACAGGUUACCCAGCGUCUUACGCAGAGAAAGAGGUAUGAAUGACAUAUAAGUUAUAGUAUUUGUUUCUCGUGCGGGCUAGAAAUCCUCUCGUGCACAAUGGUAAGUUUUGCCUUGUCCUUCCCGACACUGUCAUUUAGCUACGCAUAUCGAUCAAACUGCCAAGACGACUGAGAGUGCUCUACA